AUGGAGGAGGACAAGAGAUUGACACAAGAAAAGUUCACACCAGGGACAAGGGAAAUCUUUUUCCUCGUGAGGACAGUCAAGCACAGGGAGUGGCUACCCAGAGAAAUCAUCCAGGUUCCAUUCAUGGAGGAUUUCAAGGAGCAACUUGGAUCAAGCCCUGAGCAACAAGCUCUGACCCCAGAGCUGACCCUGCUGGGCUGGAGAAUUCCUUCCAACCUGUAUACACUGCUCUUCGUCCUCUUGCUCAUCAUCUACCCUGCGACUGUCUUUGGGAACAUCCUCAUCGUUGUGCUGGUGAUGGCAGAUCAGCACCUGCACACCCCCAUGUACUUCUUCCUGGGCAAUCUCUCCUGCUUGGAGACCUGCUACAGCUCCAACAUCCUGCCCUGGCUGCUGGCCAGCUUCCUGACUGGGGACAAGACCAUCUCUGCUCCCGGCUGCAUGGCUCAGUUCUACUUCUUUUCUAGUUUUGCAGGUACUUGGUGUUACCUGCUGGCGGCCAUGUCCUAUGAUCGGUACUUGGCCAUAGGCCAGCCUCUGCUCUACGCAAGCCUCAUGACCUGGAGGGCAAUUGACCACUUCUUCUGUGAUUUUAGUCCAUUGCUGGAACUCUCCUGCAGUGACACCAGGGUGCUUACACAGGUCGCUUUAACCUUUGGCUUCUUGCAUGUGGGAUUCCCUUUUCUGUUCACACUGGCCUCCCACGUGUGCAUCACAGCUGCCAUCCUGAGGAUCCCAUCCCGCGCGGACAGGCAAAAAGCCUUCCCCACUUGCUCCUCUCACCUUACUGUCGUCACUGUCUUCUAUGGCACUCUCAUCACUGUCUACAUGCUGCCCAGAACAGCCCCCCUGAGGCAGUUCAACAAAGCCUUCUCCUUUUUCUACACCAUCCUCACGCCCCUGGUCAACUUCCUCACGUACAGUUUGAGAAACAUGGAGGUCAGGGAGGCCCUCUGGAAGGUGCUCAGGAAAGCCAAGGCCUGCACCCAGAGCUCCUGGCAGGAGAGAGACAGUAGGGACAAACCACUUGCAGGUCUUUCACAAGGGCAAGCGCUGCAGCCUGAGUGCAUCUCCAGAAGUGUGUGCCUCUGA